CUGUACAGCUAGCCACAUGAACUCUUAGGGGAAGUGCACAACAUCUGUGACUGUAGCCCGGGUAACAACAGGAACACACAAAGAGUUGGAUUUGUAGGUCUAAUAAGAAGAAAGGGAAGGACAAGAAAAAGAGGACACAAGCAUGCUGGAGGAGGGGAAGGUUGAGCAGCCGAAUAAGGCCGGGAGACGAGCCAUGUGCUGGAUUAAGAAGAAGCAUGUUCGAGUAGGCCUAGCUGAAACACUCAGCACAUUUGUUAUGAUGGUGUUUGGCCUAGGUUCUGUUGCUCAGGUGGUCACAGGAGGGGGCGUUUUUGGAGAUUACCUGAGCAUCAAUCUGGGUUUUGGUCUUGGUGUAGCAAUGGGAGUGCAUGCUGGCGGGAGAGUGUCAGGGGCUCACAUGAACGCAGCAGUGACGUUUACUAUGUGCGUUCUUGGCCGUCUAAGCUGGAAGAUGCUUCCCCUUUAUGUAGGCGCACAAUUUCUGGGCUCGUUUAUUGCUGCGGGAACAGUUUUCACUUUGUACUAUGAUGCCAUAUACAACUAUUGCGGAGGAAACUUCACAGUGAUUGGCCCCAAAGCAACGGCAGGAAUCUUUGCCACUUAUCCAGCUCCUUAUCUCUCAAUACAAGCUGGAUUUUUGGACCAGGUGCUUGGAACUGCCAUGCUGUUGCUUUGUCUCAUGGCUUUGGCAGAUAAAAGGAACCAGCCUGCUCCAACUGGUGGUGAGCCUGUGGCUGUUGGAGCUCUUGUAUUGCUGAUCGGAGUUUCUAUGGGUAGCAACAGUGGGUACGCCAUCAAUCCGACUCGAGACCUGGGGGCAAGAGUCUUUACAGCAAUUGCAGGCUGGGGAUUAGAUGUUUUCAGGGCAGGUAACAGCUGGUGGUGGGUACCCUUGGUGGCACCAUUUGUUGGCGGAGUAACUGGAGCUUUAAUAUACAAAGUACUUGUUGAACUGUUUCAUCCCAAAGAUAAGGAUGGAAAAUAUGAGCACGGUAGCUCAUCAGAGUGCAUUCAACUAAAUGAGUGCAAGAAAGACAGUGAAUACCACUGGAACCAUGAAGACAAGAGAGAGGAGCUUGAGAAGACCCAGAUCAACACAGUGCAGUCAGUCUAAUGGUGAAGAAGCAAUAAUAUUAGCUCCUGGCUUGUCCAUCAAACGGAUGAUUGAAACCUGCUUGGAUCUUGGAAAUGUCUUCAAAAAACUUCAACAGUGACUGCUAUGAACAGUCAGAAUGAAUUGAAAAGACGGAACAAUU